UCUGCCUGUGCCUCUCUCACACACGCACACAUAAACACACACACGCCUGCCCACCAGCUCCUCCGAGUGUCUAAUACACUGGAAAAUCAAAGCGAGAGCCGCCCCCGCUCACACACCACUGGUGUUGCGCGUGGAGCACAACACAGAGAGAGGUGCUUUCACUCUCCUCUCCCCUCCCGUUCUCUCAUCUGAAGUAUUCGUGAAAGUUAAUCAUAAACAUCAGUAUAUCAAACUUAGAUUUGAAGAUAUUUUUUUCCCUUUUUUGUGCGGACAGACCAUUUGUAUUUACUUUUGAACUUUACAGCUACAUGGUUUUAUGAGGAAAAAGAUGUCUGGGUGAGGUGACUUUACGCACGCUGCUGAAAUGGAUAACAGACUCUCCAGAGGCAGCUGGGUACCGGUGACUGGCCUGGUUGUAUGUCUGCUUCUGUGUGCGUGUGUAGUGGACCUGGUGCUUGCGCAAAUUCGGUACUCCAUUCCCGAAGAGCUGGAGCAUGGAGCUUUUGUGGGCAACAUCGCCGAAGACCUGGGUUUAGAUGUGGCCAAGCUGUCCGCCCGUCGGUUUCGUAUUGUCUCCGGCGCAAAGAAGCAAUAUUUAGAAGUGAACUUGGAGAAUGGAAUUCUUUUCGUCAACGAGAAGAUAGACAGAGAAGAGCUGUGUGAACGAAGCCCGAGCUGUUUUUUACACUUACAAGUGGUCAUUGAAAACCCAUUAGAACUGUACAGAGUGGAAGUGGAGAUUUUAGACGUUAAUGACAACUCCCCGAGUUUCCCGUGGAGCGAGUUUAAUCUUGAUAUCACAGAGUCCGCUGCGCCCGGCUCACGCUUCCCGCUGGAGAGCGCACAGGACCAGGACGUAGGCACCAACUCUCUGCGCUCCUACCAGCUAAGCGCAAACGAGCAUUUCGUCCUAAAUAUCCAGACGCGUAAUGAUGGAAGCAAGUUUGCUGAGCUCGUGCUGGACAAUCCCCUGGACCGAGAGAAGCAGAAAAAGCAUGAAAUGGUCCUCACUGCCUAUGAUGGUGGGUCACCGGAACGCACUGGGACAGCGUUGAUAACCAUCACAGUAUUGGAUGCCAACGACAAUGUGCCAGUGUUUGACCGCUCGGUUUACAGAGCCAGUCUGGUGGAGAACGCACCUAGGGGGACGCUGGUGCUGAAACUGAACGCCACAGAUCUGGAUGAAGGCUCGAAUGGGGAAGUGACUUAUGCAUUUAGCGGACACGCACCACUCAAGGUGCGUGAAUUGUUUAGCGUGGAUCCGUACAUGGGAGAAAUCCGAGUGAAAGGCAUUGUGGACUAUGAGAAAGACAGUGUAUAUGAGUUGUAUGUCCAAGCAAAAGACAGGGGACCAUCGGCUGUGGCAGUGCAUAGCAAAGUGCUGGUUGACAUCCUGGACGUGAAUGACAACGCGCCCGAGGUCAUCCUAACAUCAGUGUCCACUCCUGUCCAAGAAGACGCGCCGCCGGGCACGGUGAUAGCUGUGAUCAGUGUCAUGGACCGGGAUGCGGGAGAAAACGGAAACGUUGACUGUCAAAUUCCGAGCAACGUCCCUUUUCAGCUCCAUUCCUCUUUUAAGAACUAUUAUACUCUGGUGACGAGCGAGUUUCUGGACAGGGAAGCUGUGUCUGAGUACAACAUUACUCUCACAGCCCGGGACUUGGGCUCUCCUUCGCUCUCUACCAGGAAAAACAUCCUCGUUCAAGUGUCUGACAUCAACGACAACCCCCCGCGGUUCUCUCAACCUUCAUAUACAGUGUAUGUGACGGAGAAUAAUGCCCCGGGCGCUUCCAUUUGCUCUGUAACUGCGUUCGACCCCGAUUCCAACCAGAACGCGUAUCUGUCCUAUUCUAUUCUCGAGGGUCAGAUUCAGGGCAUGCCCGUGUCCACUUAUGUCUCAAUCAACUCUGACAACGGCAAUAUCUACGCACUGCGCUCCUUUGAUUAUGAACAACUUAGAAACUUUCAGAUUCUGGUACAGGCGCAGGACGCUGGAUUUCCCCCUCUCGCCAGUAAUGUCACAGUCAACGUCUUUGUCUUGGACCAGAACGACAACGCACCUGUUAUUGUAUCCCCGCUACCCAAAAACGGCACAGUAGCCACAGAGGUGGUUCCGCGGUCAGUAGACGCUGGGUAUCUUGUUACCAAAAUAACGGCAUUAGAUGCAGACGCGGGGCAAAACUCCCGACUGUCUUACCAGGUGUUGCAGGCUACGGACCCGGGGCUAUUUAGUGUAGCUCUGUACACGGGUGAAAUCAGGACUAUUCGCCGGCUAGUGGAAAAAGACGCAACAAGACAAAGGCUGGUAAUAUUAGUCAAGGACAAUGGACAGCCACCGCUCUCCGCCACCGUCUCUAUCAUCCUCACAGUUGUAGACAGCGUACCCGAGUCGCUGUCAGAUUUCGGCGACCUGACACUCAGCCCACAGCCCCCCUCUAACCUCGCUCUCUACUUGAUCGUGUCACUGAGCACAAUAUCUUUAAUAUUCCUGGUUGCCAUCAUCGUUCUGGCCGCAGUCAAGUGUUACAAGGACAGGGAGACCCUCAGCGGGUACAACCUGCCCCCGUUCGCCUGCUGCUGCUGCGGGGGCUUUCAACCGGAUCCACCUCCGGAGGUGUUCAAAAAAUCCAACCUCAACCUGCAGAUUUCCUCCGCUGCUAAAGUGCCCACGAACUGCAUGGAGGUGAAUGGAAAUAGCAGUCUAUCUCAGUCAUAUUGUUAUAAAGUGUGUCUGACACCCGAAUCAGCCAAAAGUGACUUUAUGUUUCUGAAGCCGUGCAGCCCGAGCAGCACACCGAGGAACAACGAGGCAAAGAGCGCAGAAAACUCGUGGAACGCUCAAAGCCGGAGCGCAUCUGUGAACAACGGAGCAACUACUCCCAGUGAGCUGAAGCAGCCAAACACAGACUGGACUCUUACAAAGAAUCAGAACUCCUCCAUCAAAAGUUACAACUCCAUCAACAUGGAUGGCACGCUUAUGCGCAAAGCCAUGCACGCAGACCCAGAAAACUAUGUCACCUCCAUGGCACCUGGACAGUAUUGGACCUGGGGCACUCAUAUGAAAGGCAUGAAAGAAUAUAAGAUGUCUCCUUCCCCAAGUGGGCUCCCUUCUCGGCCCUGGACUCCUCGCUGCACGCCUCCUCCACAACAGCAGCAGCCAUCAAUCCCGUCCCAGCCGCACCCGCACCCGCACCCGCACCCACACCCGCACCCGCACCCACACCCGCACCCACCACCUGACUACCACCACAACGUGUACAUCCCCGGGACACCAUCAGGCUUUUGCACCCUGAGGCCCACCGUGCAUCGAAGUGAGCUGGAUGUGCACAAUUCCUUCUCUACCUUUGGCAAGAAGCGCCGUCUUCAGAUGUCCCCCCAGGGAGAGGCUGCAAUGAUAAAUAAUGACCUGUACAAUGACUGACUUGUCAACGAUGGCCUGAAUGGAGGAUUAAAAUGAUGCAUAGCCUCAUAUGAAAACAGAAGAAGAGACCAUACAGUACAUAAAUUGAUGAACACAUGAUUUAUAAGUGGAAUGAGAAACAGAUGAGCAAAGAGAAGGGAAAUCAUGUAAGGACAAUCUAGCUUGGCUAAGAUGCUGAACGGAAAUCAGCUGGUUAUUUAUGUGACAUGUCAACAUUGUCAAUGUAUGUGUCCAUUAUUAUUAUUAUUAUUAUUAUUAUUAUUAUUAUUAUUAUUAUUAUUAUUAUUAUUAUUUAGACAAUCAAACUGGAGCAACAGUUACAUCCAAAAUGUUUUGAGAAGCAUUGGUGGACAAUAAUUUUGCACAUCUCAAUGAAUUUAAAUGUUUCCUUUUUUUGUUCGUUUGCUAACAGAGCUUGUGUGAAUAUGACAAAUAGUAUGUUAACAUACUAUAUGCAAGCUGCACCGUGCCGCUGACUACUGUAACGAUGGGGGAUUUCCUCCAUACAUGUACUGUAUACAUUUAUGAAAAAUAAAGUAUUUUUUUCA